AUGUCUGGACGAUAUCGUCCUGAUGAGAGUGCAUUGCCAGGCCAGCUAUGGAGAACAAUUCAUCUGGUCAGUCUAUUGCUGUUGACCCCUGCAUAUUCUUACAGACGUUUUCAGACAAACCGUGAUCUUUCGAGCCUUGUGCCUAUCAAUUUUGUCACCCAUGCCGGUGUCUCAUUAACCUCUGCUUGCUUUGCUCAUGGCAUUUUUGAGGACUCGCGGGCUGAAAAAUGCAUUUCGAAUCUGCUGGCAGCUCAAUUCCGGCGGUUUAUUGUGGACCUUUACUGGGAUCCGAGCUCUCGCCAGUUCAUGUUUUGUCCUGUUUCCAUCAAUUCAGUAUCUCGAAGCCUGCAUUCGGGCUCCCUCCCUCUCCUACCUAAUACGGCAAGGUCUCGGAGAGUUCCCAAUCUCUCGCUAAGCAAGCGAGCUGAAGGCACCACACUAGCUUUCGAAACACUAAGACCGAGAUGGAACUUCGCCCGAAGGGGUGGACUCCGAUAUAAUGUUCGUCAAGCGACGUCUUCCAUUGUAGAGAACGCAUUGGAUGAUACUGCUCGCACUUCGGAGUCCUCAACCACUGCAGCAGUGCCAGUCGCUACUUCGACCGAUCCUUCUGGCACGACAAUGGAUGACAUUGGCCCGGCUCAAUGCAGCCCAACUCUAAACCUGUCAUUCUUUGCUUCCUUGAUCAUGGACUAUAUCAACAACACACCCACAAGCUUGAAUGCUAACUUAUUGUUCUUGCAAUUCAAUGUGCAUGCGGCAGAUUCUGAAGACGCUUCGACCAAUCCAGCGGUGGCGGUAUCAGGACCUGAUUUACCUUCGCCUACGGAACUUGUAGGAAAUGUUCUUGAUGCUGUCGCCUCGUCAUUCUCUUAUCAGCCUUCAGAACUCCUAAAUCAUCGAGUGAAUCUGAAUGAUUCCUGGUACGCUACUGGUGCUUCGGAGCAGCCUGUUUCUGAAUAUUUCACUACAGAGACUUUUCCUGGCGGUCAAAGCACACCAGAUGGCUGGCCUAGCGAACGUUUUGUAGAGCUCCAACGCCUCAAACGUGUCCUCCUUGGCUGGGGCAUUGUUCACCGGCGUAUGGAGGACUAUGAUUUCACCGGUGACAGUGACGUGGUUUUUCCUCAAGACUACCUCUUGUCGUCCACCGAUGUCCGCCCAAACUCAACUGAACAGCCAGCUCCGGCCUGUUUCUUCAAUGUUGAACAAGAAAGCGUAGGCAGGCACAAUUCCUCAUGGGCAGUGUCAUUCCUGAACGAGAAUUCUGCAAGCGGAGGCUCUUUGGACAAGCUUCAAUCGCUGGCAAACAAUCUGACAUCCUGUGGGAUUGCCCCCAUACUAAAUGUGACCCUGAAUAACCAGACUGCCGAUCAGAACUCUUCUCAGUAUGUGCAAUUUGUGCAAUCGACGAUCUGGAAUUGGGCACAAGACGAGCCACGCAACUUCUCCACUUCGGAUGCGAAUGGCCGAGACAACGAAAGUACACAAGGCCAGUUUCGAUGCGCUCUGAUGGAUACCUCUACAGCUAGCACUUCCGGUCGCUGGCGAGUCGAGUAUUGCAGCAUGCACCAUCGUGUAGCCUGCCGCACAGCGAACCAGCCAUAUUUAUGGCAGUUAUCCGAUGAAAGUGUUCCCUUUUCCGAAGCUGAAGUCAGUUGCAAACCCAAUUCCUCUUUUUCUGUGCCUCGCACUGCAUUGGAGAAUACGUAUCUCUAUCAUCACAUCCUUUCUAUCUCGGAGGCGGCACAGUCUAACCUAUCUGGCGACGGAUCUGGAGUGUGGCUCAACUUCGACAGCCUUGAUACCGAAGCAUGCUGGAUCGCAAACCGACAGAAUGGGUCAUGUCCAUACUUUGACGAGGAAGCCUUGCGGCAAAGGACAGUACUUGUGCCAGUAAUAGCUGCGCUGGUCGUACUUCUGCUUACAGCACUGACCCUAUUCGUGAAGUGCAACAAGAAUCGUCGGAACAGUCGGAAAAGGGUUAGAGGGGAAGGUGGUUGGGAUUACGAGGGAGUACCAAGUUGA